GCAGACUUCACGUGCACUGAGCGGCAUGGCGUCGAAUACCUCCUGACGCAGAUGAUGUCGCCCUCAACUCGCGCACUCAUUGGCGGAGUGGAGCCGGGCCUCUGCAGGGUAGCCAAUCACCUUGCGAGGAAAUACGACAAGCUCUUCCUUUCUUGGUCCUGUCUGGAGAUACCAUCGCGGGACGUGGACCAGGCGCCUCCUCCACACACCCAGACCAAGGAGGAGGAGAAGGAGAACGAGGAGAAAGAGAACGAGGAGAACGAAGAGGGCGGCAGGGCAGAGGAGGAGGCGAGCGGUGAGAACAACAUCUUCAUCAACAACAACAACAACAGCGGCGGGGACUCGGAGACAGAAGCGGGGAACAAGGAUGAGGAAGGGCGCGGCAGUCACCUGGCCCUGGUCACGCCUACCAGCCUGCAGGUGGCGAGGGCCAUGCACGCUGCCCUGGCUCACCUAGGCUGGCGACACGUGACCAUCGUGACGCUAGACUGGAGCUACUGGCGCGGCGUGGCACACCAGGUGGACGUACAGCUGAGGGCGCACAGCAGUCUGGUGGCCGCCCUGGCUGUGCUGCCGCCCCUGCCCUCUCAGUCUAACAUCACUCACGUCUUCUCUUCCUCCGCCGCCCGCUACGUCAAGGCCUACCUGUUGGUGGUGCCGGCGUGGUCACCUGCAGUAGGACAAAUCAUCCGCGUGGCAGAAACUGAGGGCGUCACCCGUCACGCAGCCUUCCUAGUGUGUGACCCGCUGUUCGCUCCAGUACCCGCAUCCACCACGCCUCCAGGACACACUCAGGGGCAGCCCUCAAGAUUCCAGGGCCUGAUACAGUUAACCAGCGCCCCUGUAGAAGCAGCGAGGGGUGUGAUGGUGCUGGCGGCGGCUGGGGGAGGGCGUGGUCAGGAUGCGUCACACCCCCACGCCUCUACUGCCGCCGGGGUGCCUCAGGACGGGAAGCUACUGACGGCGGGUAAUGGGGAUAAACGGAGGGUGGUUCCUGCCUUGCCGCCGCCGCCACAGACACAUCAGCCGCCUGCAGAAGUAGCCGUGAAUAAGUCCAUGGAUUCCGAGAGGUCCGCCGUAGUGACGCGCUUGGUCUACGACAGCGUCAGUCUGCUCUCCCACCUGCUGCGAGCCAACGUGGGCGCCGUGCAUCUGCGCAGGCAGCCUGCUGGCGCCACCAACCUCACCGGGGAAGAGCCGCGACCCGGGGACGGCGCCAGGGUUCAGCGGCGGCGGCGUGCGGGUGGCGACGGCAAGAUACCACGACCGCGCCACCCCGGGAGCCAGCGUGAGCGAGGCUUCUUCCAGGCCUUUCCGCGGCUCGGGGCAAAGUCCAGGAGGAGCCGAAGCCCACGUGGGAGAGGUGCGAGAGCGGGCGGAGAGCCGCGGGAAGAAGAGGCGGAACGGGAGCGGGAGAGGCUGUACUUCGAGAUGAAGACCCUGGACAAGGCGCGCGAGGACGAGGAGUUCGAGAGGCGGCUGGAGAGCAUCAUCGGAUCGCGGCGCAUCUCCUCCCCGGUGGGUGGCGGCUCCUGGGCCCGCGAGGGUUCACGCAACAGAUCCCGCGCUGUGGAGAUGCGCAUCAAGCAGCCUACCUCCUUCCCGGGGCUGCAGGGGCGCGGCGCCGUGGCCCCCAAUGGGGAAAGGAUCUUCGACUUCUUGCUUCUGGACUGGCUGCCUUCUUCCGGUCAGCUCUCCGUGGUGCUGGCGCUGCAGGCCGCUCCCCCGGGCGUCGCAAAGGCAGGGGUGGACGAGGAUGUGUUUGAAGUGGUGACAGAAUCUGAGAUCGACUGGGCCUACGACACUCGCGUCCCCCGAGACCAAGACUGCGGCGGCGGGGCCAUCUGCGGCUACAUGGCGGCAGUCCCCCUCGCUCCGGGUUACGUGGUAAUGAUAGUUCUCUGCCUGCUGUUCCUCAUGGCCGCCUGCUGUGGCUGUGCGGCCGUCAUCAGGAAACGUAUUCGACAAAAGGAGAUGAGUCGGGGUCCGUACAAGAUUCUGUUGACCUCCUCUGACCUGACGCUGUCCUCCCGCCCCGACAGCGCGCACAGGAAGGUGGGGGAUUAUGUCUGCAUAGCGGGCUGUGUGCUGUCAGUGUUGCCUGGGUCAGCGGGGCCCGGCGACCGACCUGACCUGCUGAGGGGGUCACUAAGCUCGCCCCACCGGCCCUCGCCCCACGACUCCCUCCUCUCCACCGCCUCGCACGUCAUCAACAAGGACGGGGAGGAAGCCAAGGCCAAGUACAAUGGAGACUUUGUGCACGUCAAGUACUUCCACGUCCACGCCGGCGGCAACUUCGAGGUCAAGAACCGGACGAUGACCUUAUUGAAGCAGAUGCGUGACCUCCGCCAUGAGAACAUCAACGGCUUCCUGGGCAUGCUGUGUGACCCAGUACGGCCCGGCCUGGUGAUGGAGUACUGCAGCCGUAAGUCACUGGAGGAUGUCAUCAGGCAGGAGGAUAUCAAGCUGGACUGGUCAUUCAGGCUCUCUCUUCUCACGGAUCUCGUCAGGGGGAUGCGGUACUUGCACGGCUCCCUGCUCCGCCACCACGGCCGCCUCACGUCCCGCAACUGUGUGAUAGACGCCCGCUGGGUCCUCAAGGUGACUGACUACGGACUGCCGGGCAUCUACGAGUACCAAAACCUCAGUCAGCCUACUCGUCCUCUGCGUGACCUGCUGUGGAAGGCCCCUGAGCUGCUGCGGGACGAGAGUCUGAUGGCCAAGGGCACUCAGGCAGGGGACGUGUUCUCGCUGGCCAUCAUCAUGCAGGAGGUGGUGGUGAGAGGGGCGCCCUACUGCAUGGUACAGCUCUCCCAUCAAGAGAUCAUUGCCCGCCUGAAGAAGCCGCCGCCCAUGAUCCGGCCAUCAGUCUCGAAGGGCGCCGCGCCGCCUGACGCCAUCAACGUUAUGAAGCAGUGCUGGGCCGAGCUGCCGGAGAUGAGGCCUGACUUCAACCAGAUUAAUGACCUCUUCAAGAAGCUGAACCAGGGCAGGCGACAGAACAUCGUGGACACUAUGUUCCAGAUGCUGGAGAAGUACUCGAGCAACCUGGAGGAGCUGAUCAAGGACCGCACUGAGCAGCUCGACCUGGAGAAGAAGAAAACGGAGCAGCUGCUGAACAGAAUGCUGCCCAGCUCCGUGGCCAACCAGCUGAAGCUCGGCAUGCCUGUAGCGCCGGAAGAGUUUGAGGAAGUGACCAUCUACUUCUCAGACAUCGUGGGCUUCACCAGCAUCUCGGCCUACUCCACGCCCUUCGAGGUGGUGGAUCUCCUCAAUGACCUGUACACGGCCUUCGACUCCACCAUCAACCACUACAAUGUGUACAAGGUGGAGACCAUCGGGGACGCGUACAUGGUGGUGGGAGGGGCGCCCAAGAAGAUUGACGACCACGCCUCCCAGAUCGCCACCAUGGCCCUGGACCUCCUGCACCUGUCCGGGAAGUUCAGAAUCCGCCACCUGCACAACAUUCCCCUCAUGCUGCGGAUCGGCAUUCACUCCGGGCCGUGUUGUGCCGGCGUGGUGGGGAUGACCAUGCCUCGCUACUGCCUCUUCGGGGACACUGUCAACACCGCCUCCAGAAUGGAAUCAACAGGUUCCGCGUGGCGCAUUCACGUGAGCGAAAAGACGUGGUCGGUGUUGCGGGACGUGGGGGGCUACCAUCUAGAGUACCGCGGCCUCACCAAGCUCAAGGGCAAGGGCGAGAUGAACACCUACUGGCUACUGGGCAAGGAAGGCUUCAAUAAGGAACUGCCGGUGCCCCCAGAGAUAGGGCUGGACGAGGAGCUGGUGCGGCAGGGGCGACAGCACUACAUGAACCGGCGGGAUUCAGCGGUGGAGUCCCUCACCACGGCGCGGGGCUUCAGCUCCAUUCAGGCGGCGCGGCUCCAGAGUUUAGCUGACGACGCUGCUGACGGGACCUCGCACAGUGCCUGUGAGGGCAUCGCAGGCGCACUGCAAGAGGACGGGGAGGCAUGUGUGGGCGGGGGUGUAGGAUUGGAGAGGGACCAAGGGGAGGCAUCCCAGGGCCCCUCUAGUGCUGGGCUGCCCAACGGCCGGGCGCUGGGGGGGGCCGCCGGGGCCACCGGGUCAGGUCCUGAGCCUCUCAGGAGCAACAAAGGCAAAUCUUCCUCAAGUACAAAGUCUGCAUCAAAAAGUAGCUGUAAGAACAGAAACCAAAGCGCAGUACCAAAGAUCCCGUGUGGCAUGGGCGUGCAGGGAAUGCGGAGGCUUUCCAGGGACGGCAGUGACAAAUCCCCAACAGGGCGGCCCUCCUCAGGGCCGCCACUCCUGGAGAACCACGUGGGUCACGCACCAGAGGGGCAAAGCUGUGAGUCCAGGCGGGGCAGCGGCUUACGGAGCCACCCACUGGAGGAAGGCAUCGCGUCCGCUCCCCGGUGUUCCACCCCCACCAGGAGUCACCCGUUGCAGGAAGACGCAGAGGAGGCAGCGCUGCGGCCAUCUUCCUUGUCUCGAGGGUCGCGUCGGGAGGCUUCGCGGGGCGCCACCCCUGCCCCUCGCUCCACCUCCCCGCCAGUGCUGUGCCACAACAAGAUCUUCCCUCAGCACACAGGGACAGGGUCUGGGGCGGAGGGCCAGCCUACCUCCUGGGGCCACACUCCCUACACCUCCUUCCUCCCCCAGCCAAGGGAGGGGCCGGGUAGGGACCAGCAGUCAGGCACAACCGUUGAGUGUCAGGUGCAUCCCUUCCUGCAAGACGCGCCGCCCUCUCCCACCGAGUCCACCAUGUUGUGACCCUGGCCACCCCACCACUCUCCACGCCCCCCACCCUGCCUCCCAGCCCCUUCAUUCCCUCCCACCAAUCCUAUCUGCGUGUCAGCAGUUAUCCAUGGAUGGAACGCUGCGCUCCGCUAUUCUCUUCAGGUGCCCCUUGACUAUCCCUCUCCCUCUCCCUCAGUCAGUCGCAAGAAACACAGUUCUUCCCUCCAGCUCUCACUGGAGUCACCGUUCGGGCUCUUCCCCUUUGUUCUUCCUUUGAUUCCCUUUCAUUAUCAAGA